GAAUUAUUUUUAAUUCUAGCUAACCAGAACCAUUUUCAUAACCUUAAUCUAAUUCGCCUAACCUGCUACAUUAAUUCGCUUUAGCUGCAGCAUAAAUGAUCCUAACCUGCUACGGAAAGUCAAUUCAGACAUAAACUGUAUCCCAUCUAGUCAAAAUAGGACUGAAUCAGAACGCCAAUUUCACUCAGCCUUUAUCAACGCUGCCAACCUAUUUGUACAUAUUUCCUCCGUUGCUGACAUGUAGCCGACAUGAUAAAUUGGCCGGCAGAAGUAUUUACGCUGUGCGGCUGGUUUUAUGAGUGAGCCUGGAUGACCGUGAUGGAGGAGGCUGCCACUCGGCUAGAGAGGGAGCAUGUGCACAGUGUCUACGAGAAGAUUGCUCCUUAUUUUAACGACAGCCGCUACAAGGCCUGGCCCAAGGUGCGUCAGUUCCUACUGGAGCAUGAGCCUGGCAGUAUCAUCGCUGACGUGGGCUGUGGCAAUGGCAAGUACCUGCACAUCAACGGCAGUGUGUUCAAGUUGGGCUGUGACGUGUGUCGCCCCCUGGUGGACUCUGCCUGGAGCCAGGGCCACGAGGUGCAGCUGUGUGACAGCCUCAGGCUGCCCUACAGGGACAGCUGCUUUGACGGUGUCCUCUCUAUCGCAGUCAUCCAUCAUCUCUCCACCAAAGAGCGUCGUAUUCGAGCAAUAAAGGAAAUGGCAAGGACCCUGCGCGUGGGCGGGCGCAUCAUGAUCUACGUGUGGGCCAUGGAGCAGACACGGCGGAAGUUUCAGAAGCAGGACAUCUUUGUGCCCUGGAACCCCAACCCCCCGUCCCCCACCCUAGGCAGGGAGCGUCCCACACCCCGGCGGAGGGGCGCUGUGCAGAGCAUGAGCGAAUGCCUCUACAGCGACAAGAACAGGAAGGUGAAAAGCACAUCGUCCAUGCUGGACAAAGAGGAAAUGACCUGCAGUCCCCAUCAGAGCCACAGGCUGUGGUUCUUCUCACGCUCCCUGGACUCGGUCUUUGACUUUGGCAGCCUGACCAUCUCCAGAUCCACCUCCAGGGAACUCAUUAGCACCGUCUCCUCCCGGCUUGGGGAGGCGGAGGGGGGAAAGAUCGGCCGCAGAGGCAGGGGAGCGUGUCUCAUAAAGCAGCUGUCGAACCUCUUUUCUGGCUUCUCCAGGAACAACUCGGAGGAAGAUGUCUUUGACUCGGUCACAGACUUAGCCAGGAGCCAGAGAGAUCAUGGCAACGACAACCACUCCAACUCCACAGGGAAGACCAGUGUCUCUAGUGCCUUGGUCCAGGAGUGUGGCUCUGUGGCCCUGCCUGACCUGGUCUCCUCCUACCAGAGGGAGCACACAGAGGGACCAGGGCGGCCAGGGGAGAAGGACGCAGGCCCACCAGGAGACCUCAAACAGGACAGCGAAGGGGAGCCGGCGGCCGCCUCGUGUCUGCGCUAUUACCACGUGUUCCGGGAGGGCGAGUUGGCGGAGCUGAUCGAGAGCCACGUCGAAGAGCUCCACGUCCUUUAUUCCUACUUCGACCACGCCAACUGGUGCGUGGUGGCCGAGAAGGUCCAGGUUUGAAACAUGACUUGGUUUUAACAAGUUUGAUUUUAUUUUUUAUCAUGAUUUAUUCAUCUUGCGCCUCAAAGAAAAAAAAGACAAAUUUUUUUAAGAGAUGUUGAAGGUACUGUUCAUAUUCUUGAGGUGAUGUUUUAAGAGUUAGUGUUUCGCAAAUGGAAAGCACCUAAUAAGCAGUGUCCAUCUGGUGGAUAUCUGGCCUGCUUCCCAAAUGGCACCCUAUUCCCAAGACAUCUAUCCUCCGUUCCAAUGCUGCUAUCAAUGGACCAUCAAUAACUAUGAAAAAGGUCUGCCAAGGAAUGAAGUCUUUGAAGUUUUCCCCCUCUAGAUUUUGCUCUUCUGUUUUUAGCCAUAGAGGAACUUAUAGGAUAACCCCCCCCCCCCUUCCAUUUGCCUCUUAGACUAACUAUUGACCAUUAUGUUAUAUAGUGGUGGAAUGGGUCUCUCAAAUGCAAAUUCUGCCUAUAUUUGUCUUCAUAUGUUCCGCAAAAUACAAGAGGAACCAACCUUGCAGCAAUGUUCUGUGAUAUGUUGGUAUCCCUUUCUAUGUACCACCUGUGUAUAAUGUUCUAAGGAGCCAUGUGCUGUUAUUAAGAAUGCUUAAUUAAGUCAAGUGCUAUAAUGUCAAUGCUGUCUGUGUGAUUUGGUGUUAACAUGUUGUCCAGCUGAACUAGACCAAUAUAAUUUUUGGGGGCAAAUGAACAGACAUAUGUCCUAGAUGAUACUGUGAAAUGUUGCACUGUAGGUAUGUUGCUGCUUGCUGAAUGUCAGUGGUUCGCAUAUGGAAUAGCUCCCAGAAAACGUGAAACAUUUCUGUAGUCGUUUCUGUUGCGUAAGCCUGUCAGUCCAGUGCAGCAUGUCUAGACCCACUACUAUGAUACUGGUGUACAGAUUAUCUCACCUACCCUAAAUUAUUUUUGUGAAAUGUUUUAUGGUUGAUUUUUUUUAAAUGACAAUUUUUAAAUAGAAUUAGUCUGUGUAUGUUUUUGUUUAGCCCAUGAAUAAAUAAUUAGUAUGGAUCUC